GUUGCAGCUCUCAGGAACACAGGCAGGCCGCAGUGAUUUGGUAGCCGCUGCAGUAGGAGGAAGGACCGCGGUUCUACCCCUUCUAUCUUUCAGUUUCGCCUCAAAAUCGUCUCGGUGGCUCCUUUUGGUAACAGACGGUGACCCGUGUAUGUUGAGACGGUGUUUUAUGACGCACUGAGCUGCAGUUUCCCCCCAACUAACGAAGUGGUUCCAAUCGCCAUUUUAAUCGCACGUUUUCCCUGACAGAAGCGCUAGCACAACAAUGGCUCUGAAAAGAAUUCACAAGGAAUUGAAUGACUUGGCUCGGGAUCCUCCAGCCCAGUGUUCUGCAGGACCAGUAGGCGAUGACAUGUUUCACUGGCAAGCCACGAUAAUGGGACCUAAUGACAGUCCUUACCAGAGCGGGGUUUUCUUCUUGACCAUACACUUCCCCACAGACUACCCCUUCAAACCGCCAAAGGUUGCAUUUACCACAAGAAUCUACCACCCAAAUAUCAACAGCAACGGCAGCAUUUGUCUGGAUAUUCUGCGAUCACAGUGGUCUCCAGCUCUCACCAUCUCCAAAGUUCUCCUGUCGAUCUGCUCCCUGCUGUGUGACCCAAACCCGGACGACCCCUUAGUACCCGAGAUCGCCCGCAUCUACAAGACUGACAGGGAAAAGUACAACAAAAUAGCCCGGGAAUGGACACAAAAGUAUGCAAUGUAGUGCUGGGGUAGAAACAUGGCCAACCACCUCUACGACGCAAGGCUAGGGGGAGAUUCAGAUGUUAAGAAAAAAACAAAUACAAAAAACCGUACAAACAAAUGAGAAGUUUAAAACAAGAUCUUGUUGGUUUCCAUUGGAGUGCUUUCUUUGAGCCAUGCCCCUCCUUCACCACAGUACCUGUAAAACUUCCUCUGCCCCACCUCCCCCCUCUCUCCCCCACCGUUUGACUGUUCCUUCCUCCUCCCCCCCGCCCCUCCACCCUGCCUCUCAGCUCAUCUGCCCAUCCUCCAGUGUACAGACUGUCAACUCUAGAAAAUAAACCGCCUCUCUCCUGACCAUACUUGCUCCACCCCCCACGCUCUGAUCCCAUCUCCUCACCUCUUUGUUCGGUUGCAUUUCGACAUCCAAGCAGGCUGGGCUGUCGCCGACCCACCAUGUACCCUCUAUUCCUGCAUGCCUGCAUCCUGACCCAUCUUUACUAAAAGCAUUCCUAUUAAAAACUGUAAAACUUCGAGGGGAUCUUUGUGAUUUUUUUUUUUCUUUCCUUUUGUUUUUCGGGGGGGAGGGGGGUGCGGGGAGGAGGGAUUUUUUACACCUCAACUUUUCUGGUUUUGUUGAAACAGUUUCCAUCUGCAAAGGAGAUGAAUCAAGAAAGCAGUUUUCACAUGUGAGUCAAAGGGCACUCUAUUUUCUAACAUAAAACCCAUAAGUCAUUGCAGGCUGUGUAUAGUGAAAGAUGCUUAUGGCCCAUUUCGUUCUUCUGUUGGAUUCUAUGAAAGGACUUGAAUUUAUUCACACACCUCAUACUCCAUGUCCUCCGUUCACCUUUGACCCCUUCAAACACACACAGCUGUACCCCCGUCACCACCGCCACCUUUUCUUUACUCUAAAAGUGGAGGUUUUGGACCAGCUAUUUAAGCAGAUCGUUUUCUAAGUUUAACCUUUGUUUUUAUUUUCUUCUACUCCUUUUGUUUUUUUUUGGUUUUGUUUUUUUAGGUUGCUUCUUUCCCCCGUUAUUUUUAUUUUUGUUCAUCCCCCCAACCCCUCUACCUUUUGCUAUUGUCAUAUUAGCGGCUAACAUCUGAAAUGGCUACGGGACUGGCUUGGGCUCUGGGUGCGAGGAGAACCCACUCUUCUUGCACAAAAACCUCUGUAUAUUGAAUUACCUGAGAGGCUCGUUGAGCUUUGUGUGUUGAUUAAACUGUGUAAUAAAAACCUCUGACUCCUG